UGAAAGGUUGAUGCCAGCCCAGAUUAUAAUAAUCAGGAAAAUAAAUUACAUUUAAAAAGCCAGAUAUGCUUACUGCUAAUGGUACAAUUAAAGUGAAGAAAAUGGUAAAGUGAAGGCGAAAUGAGAGCCCAUUAUUAGAUCUCAAAUCAAAACCAAAAUAACCCUUCAUCCAUCUACUCAUAAUUAAUUAUGAUUUCAUAUCACUAAUCACCGGCCGGCCAACUGAAUCGGAAAUGAUGUCUUCCGGCGAUCACCACCACAACAUGGGGAGGAUGGAGCUCGGCGGCGAAGGGUCGUCGUGUUAUCGGCCCGUGGUUGCGCUCCCGCCGCCGCAGCAACAACAACCGGCUCAGCAGCAACUGAGCCGGUACGAGGCGCAGAAGCGACGGGACUGGAAUACCUUCGGGCAGUACCUGAGGAACCAGCAGCCUCCGGUUCCGCUGCCUCGAUGCAACUACAACCACGUUCUUGAUUUUCUCCGGUACCUGGACCAGUUCGGAAAGACUAAGGUUCACUUACAAGGAUGCGUGUACUUCGGGGAGCCGGAGCCGGCGGGGCCGUGCACGUGUCCCCUGAGGCAAGCGUGGGGGAGCCUGGAUGCGCUCAUCGGGCGGCUGCGGGCUGCUUACGAGGAGAACGGCGGAUUGCCGGAGAGCAACCCCUUCGCCGGCGCCGCUAUUCGUCUCUACCUCCGUGAAGUCAGAGAUUCUCAGUCCAAGGCUAGAGGGAUCCCCUACAAGAAGAAGAAAAAGAAGAGAAAUAAUAGUAGCAAAAAUAAUAAUAAUAAUAAUAAUAAUAUUGCAUGUUCCUAAAUAUCGUAAUGACGAAAAAUGCCAGCCUUUCGGAUGCAUUAAUCCUCUACGCCCCUUCAAAUUCCCCAAGCUUUUAAGGUGAGAAUGGUAAAUUACUUUCCUCAUUCCGCCGUUUUAAUUAGAAUAAGAUGGUUUAAUUAAUUAUUUCUACGGAG